AUGGCCACCCGCUUCGGCGCGGCGGUACCCCAGGCCGGCGCUGCCGCCCACAACUUUCCUGGCUACAUGGCCUCGCCGGGUAACAAUGCCGUCCCGCUGCCUGGACAAGGGGGUGCAAGCGGCACCCCUCGCCCAGCAUACAUGCGCCUGCCGUCCUCGGGCUCGUCGCCAAACUUGCAUGCCAUGGGCAACCAGCCUGGUACGCCGAUGGGUCCUGGCCCCAACCAGGUGCUGCUGCAACAACGGACAGGACCAGCGGGUGCCCCUGGUUCGCUGCGCAAGAAGGACACCAAGGAGACGGCCUGGGUCCACUGGCGCGCGUUGAAAGACUUCCUCGCAGCUUGGGCAGAGAAGGAAUCACCAACAGCCCGCGCAAGCGCUCGCGAGAAACUGACGCGCCUGACGCGCUUACAGUUCCUCGAGCUCAGCACCGACGUCUACGACGAGCUCAUGCGUCGUUUGAGCGUGGAGAAUGGCCACCCAGAUGGGCAGAUGGUUCUUCCGUUCCUUCCCGUUCGCGACGACUUUCACCCCAAGCGAAACCAGGCAAGACAAAAGCUUGCGACGCUGCCCAAAAACAGGUUCAAGGAUCUGGCCUCAGAUGUCUUCUUCGAGCUGCGUCGUCGCUAUCCCGAGUUUGAGGACGACAACCAGUCUGUUACACACGAGAAGGCCCCAUACGACGAACCCCCAGCGCCUGGGCCUGUGCCCCUUCAGCAAGGACACCGCACUAACCCGUCUGGCGGUAGCCUGAGGAAUGUCUCCAACGACACCCAACGACCGGGGCACCACCGAGCAGGAUCGUCAAUGGGUAGCAGCGUCAGCGGGGGCGGCGGCGGCCCGCUUGUCACAAACGGGUCCCGCGAUCAACUCGCCAACCUGACUUCUGCGACCAACGACGUUGUGGUUCCCAACAAGAGCCGCCUGCACGAGGAGGAGAUUCAGGUCCCAUAUGCCCGCGACAGCCAGGAGGUCGACAUGACGGGUGGUCGCAAUGUGAACGGCGUCGGUCCCAGCGGGCUACGUGAGCGUUCCGACGAGUCUUUCGAGAGCGGCCAGGUCGACUCUUCAGCGACAUCACCGCCCCGCGAGCGUCUCAUGUCGCCAACGACCGACGAGUCGCAGUCGCAAUACCUCGACCGCAUGUCGUUCACGUCCAACAUGACAUCUGCAACGCGGGCCAAGGGUGCCGGCAUCACGUCGCCAAACGGCUGGGACGAUCACGAGCAAAAGCUCCGCGCCGACUACGAACUGCGCAUUGCCGGGCUCGAGAGGCGGCUACAGAUCGCCGAGACGGAGCGCGACGAGGUCAACCGCGAGCUCGGAGACGAGCGCGAGCGCCGCAGGGAUCUGGAAGACGAGGUGCGCGGUCACAAGGAGCGCGCCACCACGCACGCGUCAUCCCUCCGCUCGAUCCAGAACGAACUCGAUGUCGCCCGCGACAGCGCCAAUGCCGUCCGCUCCCAGGGAGACCAGACCACACGUCAAGCUCAAGAAGAGAUCAGCCAGUGGCGCGAACGUUGCGAAGGUCUGGAGGACGAGCUGCGCCGUCUCGAGGAGGAGCACGCUCACCGCACGACGACCGACGUCCGGACAUCGCCAGGCGGCGGUGCUGGUGGUGCAGACAGUGCCCUGGUUGCUGAGCUGCAGGCAGAGAUGCGUUCGCUCGUCCAGGAGCUCCAGGAGCAGUCGGACCGGUACGACAAACUCGUCAACGAGCGCGAGCGUGAGCAGGAAACCAGGGAGAAGCUCGAGGUCAGAUUGGCAGACUACAAAAAGCAGUUCAACGCUAUCCGCAUCGAAAUGCGCAACCUCAAGGCGACCUCCACCAUGUUUGUCUCGCAGCCCCUCACAAACGACCACUUGCCAGCAUCGCCAGACGGCAACAUUGCCGACGCCCAUGUCUCUGCCUUCCAAAACGCAAUCGACGGAAUGCUCACCGCUGCCCGCUCGUCGCACCCAUCAGGCGUCCUUCCUGCCAUGAAGGCCGUGGUCGAGGCCGUCACCCAAGUUGGCGAGGACGUCAAGAAGUUUGAAGAGCACCCCAACCUGGAUGUCGACGUCAGCCGCCUCGAGUCGCUCAAGUACGAGAGCACGUCUCGUCUGUCCGGCCUCAUGUCGGCUGCUCGCAACCACGCCAUGGCGUCUGGCUUGUCACCUGUCUCGCUCAUUGACGCCGCUGCGGGUCACCUGAGUGCCAACGUGGUAGAGAUUAUCAAGCUGCUCAAGAUCCGUCGCACCGGCUCCAUGCGCGAGAUUCUCGCCACUCGCGGCAGCAUGAGCAUAGGCGAUAUGGUCAAGCGGAGCAACUCGGUGUACAGCAACCCCACCCCCGAGAACGGAGAGAGCGAAGACGACGACACCCAGCCCUUGGUCAAGCGUCCCGCUGGCUCGGAAGAGGAGUUGCGCGACGCUCACGUCACCUCUGGUCGAGAUGAUCGUCAAAACUCUGGCCCGUACCGCGGCGCCGGCAACUACCCGACGUCGGGUGCGACCAUGUCUCCUCCUCGUGCCAACCUGGCUGCAGCUCCGCCACCCAGCUCGUACGACAAUUCGCUUCCUUCGUUCCGAAUCAACUCGUUCCAAUCGGUCACGUCGACUGCGCAGCGCUCCGAUUCGUUCGACUUGGAGCGCAAGGGCUCGACGGCUAGCGUGGCAAGUGCCAGCGAGUACAGCAGUGCUCCCACCAGGCGCUUGGUGGAGCCGCGCAACGAUCCCUUCACAGCGCCGCCUCCCACACAGCGCAAUGGCCCGCCAGUGCCGGUGCCAGCCAUCAACACAAUCUCGACUUCGCCCAAGACGCACACCAGUGCGUUGCAAGGCAGCAUCAGCAGCAGCAAGGCAAGCGACUAUGAGGGACAUAUGCGCGGCCUGUCGCUGGCGUCUGCUGGUAGCAGCUUGGGUGGUUUCCCAUCUGCCGGAGCCCACACCACAACAUUUGACCAGGCGUACGGACGAUACGAACAGAACGGCUCCAGCGCCGACAGCCGGGAAUGGGAUGAUCUCAAGCCUUACCUCAACACACAAUCAUCAGCCUUGGUCAACGCGAUCCAGAACCUGCUCGCGGCGAUCAGAACGGGUGGCCAGGGCCCUGCGCUCAACGAGCACUUAUCCGAGGUCAUUGCCAUCUCGUCGUCGAUCGUUGGCGUCUCGAGCUCGGCGUUGCCCAACCAUUUGCGUCCUCAAGGUGACCCCUUGCUCGCCGACUUGGUUAGCAACACGGAUCGUUUGAGCGAGGCACAACAAUCAGCGGCUCGUGCCGGCGGCUUUGACAAGCAGCUGCGCCAGGGUAUUGCAAGUGCAAGCUUUGGCGUCGCCAAGGCCUUAAAGGCGCUGAUGAAACUUGGGGGGACGGAGUAA